CAAUAGAGUUUGGCAAAACAGACAAGGUCAUAGGUGAAUAGUGGAACAUAUAUGUCUUGUUUAAUUUCCACAACCAUAAUAUAUAUGGGGUCAUUUCCAUGUCAUAUCUCCACCACAAAUUUUCUUCCAUCAUAUCUCCCCAGACACACUACCUCUUCAAUCAACUAUAUAUAUAUGGUUCAUUAGUCUAUUAUUGAAAUAUUCAAACAACAACUUCAUAUAUUCCUGUGUUAUAACUUGUUCAUACAACAAAGUUUAAGGAGAAUUAAUGGCUGCUACUGCUACUACUACAGCUUCUGCUGGUUCAUUUUCGAUGAAGGGUUCGAAGGUUCGAUCGUUGGGGCGAUACAGUUCGAAGCAAGUUAGACAGCAGAGAGCAAGGCUAUACAUAAUAUGGAGAUGUACUGUUUUAUUAUUGUGCUGGAAUGAUUAAAAGUAAGUACAAAAAGAUGAAUAUUUGUAAUUGCAAUUGUAGAUUCUUCCAUUAUAGGAACUUUGGGAUGUGAGAUUAGUAACACUGAAAAUUAUGUAGUAGUUUUGUUACUACUACUGGAUAGGGUAGGUGAAGGAAUGUAUAAUUAAGGAGCUAGAUUAAGCAGGAGUUUCUGCUUGAACUGUAAAUUAUGAUCUAGUAUUCUACCUUGUAUAGAGAUAUAAUGAUAAUUCAAGUUGAAUUUCU